CAAGACUUUGGCGCGCGUCCCAUCCCCGUAGUGCACUGCGCGCCUACCCUACUCCGACCAAUCAGGAGCGCGGAAAGAUUUCGCGGGAGAUUCUUCUCUUGGCGCUUUAGGUUUUGCGGGAGGUUUGUUCCUUUGGGCCACAGGCUGCGUGAGGAGAAGGAGUGUCGGAGCGGAACUAUCACUUACGGCUGGUGAGGGGGGUUUGCUCGCAGUUAGGAGUUGGAUUUGCAUCUGCUGUUGAGAACUCAUUCAAUCCCAGCCAUGUUGUUUCGCUCUGUGGUAACCAAACCUCGCUUUGGCUGCGGCCACAACGGUGCCCCUUUUACCUCUCCCCUCCAGUCUCUGCUACAGUGUUAUCAGUGUGUCAAACAAGACGAGCAUAUUUCAUAUGGGGAUUUGGGUAGGGCUGUGCCACCUUUUGGAUGUGCCUUUAGUACAGUCCCGGGCAUGUCUCAUGUCCUUGCAGUUGCCAAUGAAGAAGGCAUAGUCAGAUUGUAUGAUACAGAGUGCGGUGAUAUGCAAAGGCUUGUUGUGAAAGAAUUCAUGGCUCACACUAAUGCUGUUUUUGACAUUGCCUGGGUACCUGGGGAACACAAGCUAGUUACAGCUUCAGGGGACCAGACUGCAAAGCUGUGGGAUGUGAAGGCUGGGGAGCUUAUUGGAGAGUGUAAAGGACACCAGUGCAGCUUGAAGUCUGUUGCCUUCUCAAAGUUUGAAAGAGCUGUGUUCAGUACUGGCGGGAGAGAUGGAAAUAUCAUGGUGUGGGACACAAGAUGCAAUAAGAAAGAUGGUUUUUAUAGGCAAGUGAACCAGAUCACCGGUGCCCAUAAUGCCAUUGACAAGCAGACCCCAUCCAAAGUGAAGAAAAGGAAACCUUCCAUCAGAGGCCUUGCUCCUUCAGUGGAUUCCCAGCAGAGUGUGACUGUGGUAAUCUUUCAAGAUGAGUAUACUGUUAUCUCGGCAGGAGCAGUAGAUGGUGUCGUCAAGAUUUGGGACUUGAGGAAGAACUAUAGUACUUAUCGGCAGGAUCCAGUACCAGUGAAACUCUUUCCUUAUCCUGGAAAUAGUACACGCAAACUUGGGUACUCCAGUCUUGUACUCGACCCAACUGGCACAAACCUAUUUGCAAGCUGUACAGAUGAUAACGUGUAUAUGUUUAAUGCAACCGGUCUAAAGACUGAUCCAGUUUCCGUAUUCCGUGGUCACCAGAAUUCUACUUUCUACAUUAAGGCCAGCGUCAGCCCGGAUGGGCAGUUUCUCCUCAGCGGCUCCAGUGAUCAUAGUGCCUACAUCUGGCAGGUGUCUGAUCCCUUGGCUGCUCCUAUUAACCUAAUAGGACAUUGUCAAGAAGUCACCUCUGUUGCUUGGUGCCAGUCAGACUUUACAAAGAUUGCCACAUGCUCUGAUGACAACACAGUGAGAAUAUGGAGACUGAAGAGAAGUAGCGAGGACUCCUCCGAAUCCGAUAAAACGGAUUAUGUUGGUUGGGCCUGCAAAAAGAAAUUUGAACCUUCUUCCAUGGCCGCAAUCCUUUGUACACCUGGAAAACCUUCAAUGAUACCAAGUAGUUCACUCAUGUCUUCCCCAACACCAGCCACAUGUGCCCCAAGUAACACCGGAGACCUCCCAUUGCCCUCUAGCACUCCUCUAUCUGCUUUAUUGCCAACCUCUAAGCUGCAGACUCCAAAGAGGAUUAAUAAUGGAGGUUUAGGAGCAUCUCCAAAACAGAUGUCGUCUUCAAAAAUUUCAAUUAAGGACUGGGUCACCCGCACUCCAAAGUCAUCCAAAGGGACUGAUUCAAAGACACCCUCUCCCCGCAAAGCCUUCACCCCUGUGGAGCAGUACCCAAUCGUUUCGAGUGCAAGAGUGCAACUGCCAUAUGAAAAGAGGGCCAAGAGGCGCCUGGAGACCAGCAGUGAAGAUGUAGAACAUGUCUGCCUCGACAAUUGCUGUGUGAUGGAGUUAGAGCCUAGACUAAAGAAAUCCAAACUAGAUUUGUGUUCUCUAAAUGAGAGAGACUGCAGAGAUGAUAAAUGUCUGAGGCUUUCACACUUGAGUAAGGAAUUUGACCAAGAAUGGUCUCCAGCUCCAUCAACAUCGCUCCAUAUGAAUGCUACAGACAAUCCACCAACGCUAAGUCCUCUGUCUGAGAUGAAAAGUGACUUCGUAGACAAAGAAAACCGUUCCCCUGAGAAAAAUUGGCUCUCUGCUUUAGGACACAAAUUUAAAUCUGACAAUUCUUCCCCUCAGUUUAAAUCUAGCAGCAGCCCUUCAUCUAGAAACAACACCUCUAAAAAACACCAACCGAGGAAUGCACCCAACUCGCCAGUGUCUGUACCAACUACACCGGGCUCAAUGAGAAAAAUCUGCACCUACUUCUUCAAGAAGUCUGAGUAAGGAGGAGAGCUUCAUUGUUUGCUCCAGUGACCUUGGGGUUUUUUUUUUUUAAAUGUUUUUAACAUGGCACUUUUUCAUGACACCGGUUACUAAAUUUGUUUUACAAUCAAGUACUGUUUGUUCACUAAACGUUCCAGGACUGUUUUUUGUUGUUUUGCUGUUUUUUGGUUUUUUUUGGGGUUUUUUUUACAUCUUUUCGAUACCGAUAUCUGCCCAGCAUGGAACUAUUGUUACAAUAUUUUAUUAUUUUGGGUGAACGGUGGCAAAAAAAAAUCUGUAAAUAGAUCUUUGGUGUUUUAAUACUCUAUAUAUAGUUGAUUCAUAUUGUAAAAAUUAAAUUUUUUAAAAUACAAAUUAUAAUUACGUAA